GUGUAGCUUGGAGUCAUGGGUCGGAAGUUGGAUCCCACCAAUAAGGCGAAGAGAGGGCCUGGAAAAAAAUCCAGGAAGCAGAAAGGAGCAGAGACAGAGUUGGCCAAGUUUAUAAAUGAUGAGGAAACGGGACCAAAACGCAUGUCCAGUAGAUCCAGGAAAAGAGCUGCAAAAAGAGUCCAAAUUUUGAAAAAGCCUAAAGAUUCUGCUGUGGAACAGCCCAUCAAAGGGUUCACUGACGAGAACAGUAAAUGGUUGAUACCAGCAAAGAGGAAGCGCAAAAUUGAUGAACCCGAAAGUGAGGAUGACAGUGAUGAUGAGCACUGGGAGGAAGAGGAGGAUGAUGAGGAUGAGCAGCAGCAGCAACAGCAGAAGAAGGGAGGAAAAGACCAAGGAAAGAAGGGUUCUAAAUUAGCAGUGAAAGAAGAGGAAGAGGAGGAGGAGGAGGAGGAUGAUGAUGAUGAUGAUGAUGAUGAAGAAAUGGUUGAUGACUAUGGUACACUUGAUGACAGCAGUGGUGAGGAAGCAGCUAAAGAAGAAAGUGAUGGAGAGGAACUUCUUCCUAUCGAACGUGCAGCAAAGAAAGCGAAAAAGCUGAAGGAAACCAUGGCUCUUGGGAGUGAUGAAGAUGACGACGAUGAUGAAGAAGAAAACGACGAUGAUGACAACGAAGAUGAUGAGGAAAAGAAAUCGGAUGCUGACAUGGAUGAAGAAGACACAGUACAAACCAACAUAGAUGAUGUGGAUGAAUUUAGGCUACCUGGGGCAGAGGAAAGUGCGAAGGAAGGUGUCCUGCCUCUAGACCUGAAGACGAUCCAUCAGAGAAUAAAGGACAACAUUGAUGUCCUUUGUAAUUUCUCAGCAAAAAGGGAGGAAGGGAAAGAGAGAGCAGAGUACCUCUCUCUCCUGAAGAAGGAUCUCUGUACUUAUUACAGCUACAACAUCUUCCUCAUUGAGAAAUUAAUGGACAUCUUCCCUCUUUCAGAAUUGGUCGAUUUCCUUGAGGCCAAUGAAAUUCAGAGACCUGUCACUAUUCGGACCAACACACUGAAAACAAGGAGGCGGGACCUUGCACAGGCCUUGAUCAACAGAGGAGUGAACCUUGAUCCACUGGGGAAAUGGUCUAAAGUAGGUUUGGUCAUCUAUGACUCCUCAGUACCUGUAGGUGCAACCCCAGAGUAUCUGUCUGGUCAGUAUAUGCUGCAAGGAGCCUCCAGUUUUCUGCCAGUUAUGGCGCUCUCUCCACAGGAGGGAGAGUUAGUGUUGGACAUGAGCUCAGCUCCAGGAGGCAAGACCACCUAUAUUGCUCAGCUGAUGAGGAAUACAGGGGUGAUCGUUGCUAAUGACGCCAACGCUGAAAGACUGAAGAGUGUGGUGGGCAACAUCCACCGUCUAGGGGUUACAAACACUGUCGUCUGCAACUACGAUGGAAGGCAGUUCCCAAAGGUAAUGGGUGGGUUUGAUAGAGUGCUGCUUGAUGCUCCGUGCUCAGGCACAGGAGUCAUCGCUAAAGAUCCAGCAGUGAAGACCAGUAAGGACGAGGCAGACAUCCAUCGCUCUGCUCACUUGCAGAAAGAACUGAUUCUAUCGGCCAUUGACUCUGUCAAUGCUGAGUCCCCUACGGGAGGAUAUCUGGUCUACUGCACAUGUUCAAUAAUGGUGGAGGAAAAUGAAUGGGUGGUGGACUACGCUUUAAAGAAAAGGAAUGUCAAAUUAGUUCCCACUGGACAUGACUUUGGCAAGGAAGGCUUCACCAGGUUCAAAGAACGUAGAUUUCAUCCUUCUCUGAAACUGACUCGGCGAUUUUACCCUCAUUCCCACAACAUGGAUGGGUUUUUUGUGGCCAAGCUGAAGAAAUUCUCCAAUGUAAUUCCAACUGCACCAGCAGGAAAAGAAGAAGAAAACGCAGAUGCUUCUGAGGCGACAGUUGUUACAGACUCCCCUGAAGAGAAACCAUCCAAAAGUGUCAAGACAAAGAAGAUUGUCCCGGGCAAGGCAGGCGACUUAAAGAAAAAUCCCCGAGCCAACGGAACAGCAGCCAAGACGGGACCAAACAUCAAGCCAAAAGGCAAAAAGGACUUACCAGCUGGACCAAAAAAGGCAAAGGUCGCCAAGAUAGAUGGAGAGACUGUGAAAGGGGCAAAGGCCAAGAAACCCGCAGUGAAUACAGCUGAUGAAACUAAAGCAUCCAAGGCUGACAAAAAGGAAGGGUGCAGAUUUGAGAAGAAGCAGGGCAAAAAGACAAAAACACCCAAGAUGGCAAAGAACAGAAUAGGAAAGAAUAAAUUCCGAAAGUUGAAGCACAUGUUGGAAAAACAAGAAGCAGAGUGAUGGUGUAGAGUGUGAUAAACUACUAGAUUACGUAAGAGCUUUGUAGAGCUUCCUUACGGACCCAGAUCACCUCCCUUCAGCAAACGAGUAUUCAGAUUGGUGUGCUCUAUUGUCAUUCCAGAGCAGCUAUACUGUAUGUGUCAUAUUAUUGUAAUGCCCAUGUACAAAUGAACUGUAUGAUGUUCUCACUGAAGUUGGGGUCUCCCUUUUUUUAUUUGUAUUACAGAAUAUUCAUUAUGUUUGUCUUUUGAUUUAAUAGCAGGGUGCAACAGCUUCCAUAAAUCUGUAAAACAUAAUAAAUCUUUUAAGAUGCUUUUUCUCAUCA